AUGAGGGGCCAUGGCAAUCUACACCACACCCACCUUUUAUUCUCUCCCACCUUCUCAGGGGCUUUGCUUCUUCCUUACUGCUUCUAUUACAAUUGCCACAACCUUUUUCCUCCAAAAUCUUGAGUACCCAUUUCCUAAAACGAGUGUCUUCUGGGACUUUUUCAAGCAGCUUCUCUGGUAUGUGAGUCUUACCCAGAUGCUGUUUUGUUUGGUUUUGCAUUGUUUGCCUUCCUUUGGGAGUUGGCAAGUGGGAUUUGGGGAUACCCAUUUGUGCAUUUGGGAGACGUGGGUGGAAUCUGGUUGCUAAAUAUAUAAGGAAUUUACAGAAAGCAUAUUGGGUUAUGUUAAAUUGGAGACAGACUCUCACUAUCAGGUAUGGGUUCUGGAUAUUGGUUUAAGGCAUUAAUCGGCUUAAAGAAAUCCAAGGAUGGCAGUUCAAAACGAUUGAAGGGACCUUCAGUUAAUGGAAAAUCAAAUUCCAUAAAAUUGAAAAAGUCUAGUUUUGCAAAUGGUAAAAAUCUUGGAUUGCCAGAUGAGGAAAUAGCUGCAAUUCGAAUUCAGACUGCUUUCCGUGCAUAUGUGGCUAGAAAAGCUUUACGCCGCUUGAAAGGGAUUGUUCGAUUGCAAAUACUGACCCAAGCUUAUCCUGUUACAAAGCAAGCCACAACUACAUUGAGCUAUCUUCAUUCAUGGAGCAGAAUACAGGAUGAGAUUAGAGCUCGUCGACUCUAUAUGGUAACGGAAGGACGGAUCAAACAGAAGAAAUUAGAGAAUCAACAUAAACUUGAGGCGAAGCUUCAUGACAUAGAGGCGGAAUGGUGUGGUGGAUCUGAAACAAUGGAUGAAAUUCUUGCAAGGAUAUAUCAAAGAGAAGAAGCAGCAGUUAAGCGUGAGCGGGCUAUGGCAUAUGCCUUUUCUCAUCAGUGGAGGGCCAACUGUAGUCAGAGCCAAGGAUUGGGUAAUUAUGAACUUGGCAAAGCUAAUUGGGGUUGGAGCUGGAAAGAACGAUGGAUUGCUGCUCGUCCAUGGGAAAGCCGUGUGCAGUCACCUAGCCCAAAGAAAGUACCGAGUAAGCAAGCUAGCAAGGUUGGUAAAAGCACAAAUUCACCAACGCCAAAAACUCCAGUUUCAGUCAAGCUCCCUUCAUCAAAUGGUAAGGGAACUACAAGGGCUCGGAGAUUGUCUUACACAGCGGAUGAAGUAAAACCGGUUGCACGUGCAGAGGGCAUUAAAACUGAAGAGAGGAACACUCAGAAAUAAACAUUGACUUGCUGGUUCUGGGCCAACGGUAGAGACUAAAUAAGAAUGUCUUCUGUAUGUUAUGAGUUCAAACUGCAGAAAUUUGAGGGAGGAUCCAUUUUUUAAUAUAGGCGGUCAUUUCUGAUUCUUGUACAUGGAGUGGUGUGGAAGUUAUAUGCUUGGGCGUGCAGUAAAGGAUUAUCGAACAGGACCUGGAUUUGGGACUGACCAGAGCAUCCUUCUAUGAUGUUUUUCUCCCUAUUCUUCAUUUUGAUGUAUAUUGUUAAAGAGGGAAAAUAUUAUAUUUAUGGUGUACAUAGACAAUCUAUUUGUUGAUGGGGUGAUUGUACUGUGCUUUUGCGCAUUGUAAUUAGUAAUUACUAAGGUUGUUCUUCACAUUUUCCACCAUCAGGCUGAAGUGAUUUAUGCUGCUGCAAGUGUUGAUCUUUGAAUUACUUUGUGUUACAUCAUUAUUCAAUUGAUUGACUAUUGAAUUCAGUA